AGGCACAUCUCUGGCUGGGCUGGAUGGCCGGCUGCCGAGCAGGGCAGCCCGGGGGCUGUUCUGUUAAAUGCCACCCCAGGUGCUGGAGUCUGUGCACAGAGAGCUGCCGGCACCGUGUCCCGGGCUCUGCCUGCCCUGCUCGGCUCAUGCGUGCGCAGGCUGCUCCAGAGAGCGCUCCGGCCGCUGGGGGCUCCGCGGGGAACAUGGAAUUUGAACUCUGGAAACCAACCACAAAGUGAAAAAACAGCGCUUGGGCAGACGGAGCUGAGAUGGAUGAUGAGAGAACAAAUCAAAAUGCCAGCAAAUUGCAAGGAGCUGGAGGCCAGGCAUGUGCAGCGUCUCCAUCAAACCCGCUGAUGAGGGACUUUGUUUCAGACUGGUCUCCUUUACAUGAGGCCUCUAUCCAUGGGCGUCUGCUUUCUCUGAAGAAGCUCAUUGAACAGGGGAAUGAUGUCAAUCUUGUUACAGCAGACCAGGUGUCUCCCCUCCAUGAAGCCUGCCUAGGGGGUCAUGCUGCCUGUGCCAGUGUCCUGUUAAAACAUGGUGCUCGGGUGAAUGGAGUCACUCUUGACUGGCACACACCGGUGUUCAACACAUGUGUCAGUGGCAGUGUGGCUUGCUUGAAUUUACUGCUGGAGCAUGGAGCCAGCCUGCAGCCUCCCUGUGACCUGGCAUCCCCCAUCCACGAGGCUGCUAAGAGAGGUCAUGUGCAGUGUGUCGAGCUCCUUGCAUCCCGUGGGGUAAAUAUAGAUCACAACAUCAAGCACCUGGGUACUCCUCUUUAUGUAGCGUGUGAGAACCAGCAACUGAACUGUGCCAGGAAGCUGCUUGAGUCAGGAGCAAAUGUGAACAGCGGCAAGGGCCUGGACUCCCCUCUGCACACGGCUGCCAGGAAUUGCAGUGUGGAGCUGGUGAAGCUGCUGAUUGACUUUGGAGCAGAUGUUUGGGUGAAGAACGCUGAAAACAAGAGGCCAGUGGAGCUGGUCCCACCUGGCUGCCCUGUGGGCCAGCUGUUCCUGCAGAGAGAAGGGCCACUGUCCUUGAUGCAGCUGUGCCGCCUGUGCAUCAGGAGGUGCUUUGGUUACAAGCAGCAUCAAAAAAUAACUGGACUUCUCCUCCCAGAUGAGCUGAAACAUUUCCUUCUCCACAUUUGAGCCUUUUCAUGUUCAAAACGGUGCCUUUAAUAACACAGCAAGAAAUGGGUCAUGUUGACACUGAAGUGCAGUUCUGACCACUCUGCUCACUUGGCUGCUCCCCCAGGGCUAUCAGCUGCCUGAUUCUUGCAGGAGCAAGGAUACUGAGACUCCAGCUCUUCUUCCCAUUGCCCUGUUUCCUUUUGAGUUCUAAACCAAAGUGCAUCUGUAUCACCUGGGAGCAGCAGCAAGCCCAGUUCCCUGAGGGACUUCCAUGUCACCCUGAUCUGAAGAGGCAGCCACACACUGAGUGCUCCUGGAGAUCCUUUUCCACUUCGCUGUGGAGACUCCGUAAGAGUGGGCUGGGAGUGCAAAAGCUGAUGACAUUGCUAACGCCAGCAAUGAGAGAUUCAGAGUCCUCAUCUCAGAAGUGGAGAGACUGCCAGCCUUUAAGUGUAUGAAAGCUGAUUUUGGUGUUCACCAGUGUGCCAGUGGGAGCAGAGCCAGCCUGCCUUGUGCAAGUGGAAGGUUACAGAGGAGAGAUCAAAUGCUGGUAUUUGAUGUAAAUCACAAUUCAAGUCCUUGUCUGCACAACAUGACUGCUGGCUAUAGGUAUCCAGUGUGAUGAUUUGAUUCCUUUGUGCUGACCAAACACAGCACAGUUCUGUUGGGUUUUUGGGACACCAAAUUGUACCCUAAUGGGACAAACACUUAUCUGACCCAGUUCAUCACACAUCUUUGAGCCUUGUAAAAAAUAACUGGCUGGUACAAGAUGGCUUUCUAUAUUGUUGCCCUCAUGCCCAGGAAGAAAAGGAGAUACCUGUCUUCACAGAGGUUGAAUAAAAGCAGGUAUCUGGGAUAGGAAAGGUAUAUUCUUCUAAAAUCAGUGUCUUAGUUAAGCUGAAUCUGCAUUGAACAGGCAAGGAAUGGACAACGAACCUGGUGCUUAACUUUUGGACAUUAAUGUGUGAAGAAUCCCUGCUUUGGUGACAGAGUGGAAAGCUGGAGAUAAAUCUCAUUAUAUUCUAGAUGAUGGAACAUUUUUGUACAUACUAAUUUUUCUUUUGCUUGUAGGCAUCUUAUUUUGUAACUUCAGCCUGUGGGUUUAUAGAAGUAAUGAUAAUACCUGGAGAAAAUUGCUCUGAGAACCAGGUGAGCGUGUUACUUCUAGUUUGCUUUCCUUAUAAAAAUUUUAUGGUAUGACUCUGUUUACUUGAAUUUCUUUGCCCAGAUGUAAUUAGGAUGAAUUCUUUAUGCUCAGCUUGUAUCAUCUCAGUGUGUUUACUUAUUUAUUUUCAAAAAAAUUGUGUUCAACACUGGUGAAUUACAGCUUUAUGCAUCAACACUUACCCAGUUAUAAACUGUAGAAGUACAAGAUGCAAACUGAAUAAGCUCAUUAUAAGUGAGGUUUGGAUUUUUUCCUAUAUUUGAAACCAUUCAAACUGUAAUGCAGGACUUAAAUGAUUGUCAGAAAUGUAUUUUAUCAGAUUCUUUCCUAUUUUUAUGUUAACCGUUUAAUGGCACUUAAGCCACAAUUUUGUAGACUAUUUUCUCAGAAAUAAAUAGUUCAUACUCUUUUG